UUUUUAUAAUGAAGUGUCGGUUUCGCCUAACGAGUGAGAUAAUUAACUAAUUGUGUAUUGUGUCGUUUUUAACAAAUAAAAUUUGAACAUCGACUGUUGAGAAGAAACUCUAGAAGGAUGACCGCAGCUGUUGCCGUCAUGGCCACCAGCACACCCACAGCGCCCAAACGCCACGGGUUCUCGAUCGAAUCCUUGAUCGGCAACACCGACAGCUCGCCGUCUUCACCGCCACCUGCCACAGCAUCACCGCCUCGGCCUUUUCCUAUACGGCCGCACCUCUCUCGCGAUCUACAAGAGAGCCAGAGAGACAGGGAGAGGGAGAGAGAGAAGGAGAGAGAACGGGAGAGGGAAGCUCAGAGAGAAAGAGAGAUGAGGGAAAUCAGAGAGAGGGAAGCUCGGGAGAUGGAGAUACUCCGAGAGAGAGAACUCGUGAUCGAAUCCAUGCGGGAGAGGGAGAGGGAGUUCAGAGACAUGAGGGAGAUCAGAGACAGAGAAAUGGCUCGGGAGAUCAGAGACUUCAGAGACAGCCGGGAAGGCCGGGGUUCGGAUCCUCAUCAGCACCGGCUGUCUCCGCGAUCCUCCAGUCCAUCCAGUCCCCGGGCUGAGAAAUCUUUAACCCCAGAGUCAGAGAACCGGCUGAGCGCGUGGACGGGGGAAGAGUUCAAACACAUCCUCAGUAACUUCCACUCGGGGCAGCUGGAGUCGAACGGACUCUACCAGCCUCUGCGGGUGUGUAACAGGACCCUAGGCUCCAUGGGCGGGUUGCACGGGGCUGGGGGCCCCCCGGGGCCGCUCGGAGUACACCCCCAGUUCCCGCACCUCCCCAUCAACCCUUUACUGUACAACCUCCCACGUGAUCUAUCCCACCAGGCCCACCCCCUACUGGCAGCCCGGUACCCAGGAUUCAUGCACGCCCGAUAUCCCAUGGGCCCCCCACCCGGUCUACUCUUCCACCCGUACCGGAAGCCAAAGAGGAACCGCACCGCUUUCUCCCCCUCCCAGCUGCUCCAGUUGGAACAAGCCUUCGAGAAAAAUCACUACGUCGUGGGGCAGGAGAGGAAGAAUCUGGCCAGCAAGUUACAGCUGUCGGAGACACAGGUCAAAGUGUGGUUUCAAAACCGCAGGACGAAGCACAAAAGAAUGAAAGCGGAAGAAGAUACCGGCUCUUCCGGUUCGCAGACGGAGGGUCAAGAUGGCGACCACGGCAAGAGCGGCGACGGAAGUGACCUGACGUCAUACGUCGACCACGACGACGACGACGAGCCGUGCACCGACGACGAGGAGUUGUCAGUGACAGAGGACUGUUAA